CGCUUGCUUUCGCACGCGCGCUCGCUCAUUCAGUCGGUCGGGCAGACAAAGAGGAGCAGCAUCCUGCAGGAGGACCGCACGCUCCCGGGGGAUGGGGCAUCAUACCCCUGCGUCGCGUUGGGGGGGCCGGAGGAGGCACAGGAGAGCCAUUCAGAAGAGCCGGGGGUCAAAGGUGAGACGAGCAGAGGGCACCAUGGAGAGCGAGCCCGGGGCCCACGCUGCCGCCGCCAACAGCGCCGCCGCCGCCACCGUCAACAGCGCCGCCUCCAGCAGCACCACCGCUGCCAGCAGUAGCAGCACCUCCAGCAACGCUGCUGCUGCUGCUACUUCUACCACUUCCAGCGGCAGUAGUAUUACCAACAGUAGCGCCAGCAGCAGCACUACAGCAGGGAGACAGGCCGCGCCACAGAUAUCGGUUUACAGCGGGAUGCCCGAUCGGCAAACCGUGCAGGUGUUCCAGCAGGCGCUGCACAGGCCGAACACGGCGGCGCAGUACCUGCAGCAGAUGUACGCCGCUCAGCAGCAGCACCUGAUGUUGCAAACUCUCCAGCAGCAGCACAGCCUCAGCGCGGCUCAGCUGCAGAGCCUGGCCACCGCGCAGCAGGCCAGUAUCGCGGCGGGCCGACAAAGCUCUUCACAGAACGGCACUUCCUCCCAGCAAACAGCAUCCACUCAGGCGACGAUAAACCUGACAACCUCCCCGGCUGCAGCACAGCUGAUCAGCCGGGCCCAGAGCAUCAGCUCGACCCCCACCAGUAUUUCCCAGCAUGCUGUGCUACUGGGCAGCCCAUCCAGCCCCACGUUCACCGCCAGCCAGGCACAGAUGUACCUGCGCGCACAGAUGGCGCAGCAGAACAACCUCGUGCAGGUGGCUAGAAGUCUGGGCCGGGCUGUUCCUCUGUCCCCGCAGCUCAUCUUCACUCCAACAGCCACAGUGACGGCCGUUCAGUCCGAGAGCUCCACGCAGACCUCCUCACAGAAUCAGGUCCAGAAUCUGGCCAUCCGUGGCCAGCAGGGGGCGACCUCGUCCUCCUCUCAGACUCAGACCCUGCAGGCUCUCAGUCUGAAGCAGAGCCCUGUGCCCAUCCAGCCCGCCUCGCUGACCAAGAACCCCGGCCAAGCGCCGCAGGCCUCCGCGGGAGGGAAGGCCGCCUCCUCCUCCUCCGACGGCUCAUUUGAAGCGGGCAGGAAGGGCGACGGCGCGGCGGUCACAGAAGCCCGAGCCAUAAACAUGAGCCGCAGCGUCACCGGCAUCAGCGCUCAGCCCCUGAUGGCUCCAGCAUACACGCACAUCCAGCCACAUUCCCUGGUGCAGCAGCACAAGCAGCAGCAGCAGCAGUUUGUGGUCCAUCAGAGUCCAGCUUCCCAGAGGGCGGCGGGCCAGCUGCUGCAGACCGCCUCCAUUCAACCAUCGCAGCACCCGGUGCCCGUCCUGCCCAAACCGGCUCCCCACCAGCCCGCCAUGCCCAGCCAGCAGGCCACCAUCUUCCACUCCACCAUCAGCCCGCACGCCCUGCACUCCUCCCUCAACCACGCCAAAGCUCAGCCCGUCCAGCUCACCGCCAUCAACCUUCAGAUCCAUCCCACGCCCUCCCGACAGGUUCAGGACUGCAAAGAUAAGCCGACCUCGCUGGUGGUCCGGGAGACGUGUCCGGCCCCCGCCCCGCAGCCGCAGCCGCCGCCACAGCCGCCGCCGCCGCCGCAGCAGCAGCAGCAGCAGCCUGCACCAUCGCCAUCGCAACCCACCAAACCGGCCGAGCAGCCCAAGCUCCCUCCGGCCGCGCCAGCUGUUCGGCCACAAGCGGGAGGGGCCUCGACCAAGAGGCCGACCGCCACACCUGGGACGCCGCCCCGGGCCAUGACCUCGGGGACCGAGAGCGAGGCGCCCGCCCUGACGGGCAGCACGCCGCAGAACGGGGAGAUCAAGCCGCCGCAGGCCAUCGUCAAGCCCCAGGUCCUCACGCACGUCAUCGAGGGCUUCGUCAUCCAGGAGGGGGCCGAGCCGUUCCCAGUGUGUGUGGAGCGUCUGCCCAUUCUCAUCGACAGCCCCAGGAAGCCGGACCACCAGCUGUCCUCGGACCCCGACAAGACCCCCGCCAGCCACGCGGCCAACAGCGACUCUGAGCCCGAGGACAUGAACCCGCCAGAAAAAGAUCAAGAACCCAAGCUGACGUGUGAAUACUGCGGAUGGGUCGACUUCGCCUUCACGUUCAAAGGCUCUAAAAGAUUCUGCUCCAUGGUUUGUGCCAAGAGGUACAACGUCGGCUGCACGAAGCGCAUCGGCCUCUUCCGCCCGGAGAGGAGCAAACCCACCAACCGCUGGCGCCGACGAUCUCCGGGUCGCUCCAGUGUGGUGGCGAAGAAGCAGAAGCUGUCCCCCUCCCCGCGGCAGGCUCAGGGCGGCUCCGUGUCCUCCCCGCAUCCCUCCCAGCCCAGCCAGGAGGAGUCCAGCCCGUGUUCGGACAUGUCCAGCUACGAGGAGCCGCCGUCCCCCCUGUCGGCUGCCAGCUCGGGACCCCCGCCUCCCGCCCCGGCCCCGGCUCAGGUCCCCGCCCACCGCCAUCCGAGCAGGGCCGCGGACCAGGACGCCUGCGGCGCCCGAGACGCACCGUCGCCCUGUCAGCGCUUCUUACCCAACGACCCCACCAGGUGGAACGUGGAGGAGGUCUCCGAGUUCAUUGCUGUCGCGGCAGGUUGUCAGGAGAUAGCGGACGAGUUCCGCUCUCAGGAGAUCGACGGACAGGCCCUGCUCCUGUUAAAGGAGGACCACCUCAUGAGCACCAUGAACAUUAAACUGGGACCGGCCCUCAAGAUCUUCGCACGCAUCAACUCGCUCAAAGACUCGUAGCAGAAUCGAGCGCAUGUCCUCCCGAGUGUGUGUGUGUGUGUGUGUGUGUGUGUUGAGAGGGAAUGAAGAGCAAAACUAACUUGUGAUUGUUCCCCGUGACCAUUGCGACUGUGUGUGGACACGGACUGACUGCACAAUGACCUCGCCUCCUCCCCGCCGCUGGACUGGGUCCUUUUAACAACGCGAGGGAUGUCGGCUUUGACUUUCGCUGCACUGAUUGCUGUUAUUAAUAUUAUUAUUAUUAUUAUUAGUUGGUCUGUGUUUACAUGCACUCACAGGGACUAAAGUCAGGGGCCACAAAGAGGUUUGUACCAUAUUCCAACAUGUGGAAUAUGCUGACACAUUGUACUAACAUGCAAGCUGCAUCUUUAUAUCUGACCUGAAUAAAGCACAAGGCGCAGUAGCGCUACAUGUAAAUGCAUUAGGGCUGUUAAUAAUGGGGCUCAAAUGACCUAUAUUCGCUUUUUAAAACACGCAUAGGAUCGGCGCAUGAAAAGGUUUUCAGUCAGUCGCCUUGGUUCUGUUCAUACUUAACCUAAAGUUUCACCUAAAAGCUCACGCAGAACACAUCGCAGUCAGACUGCUGUUGGAUGAGGACGUGGCUCACUUAACGUCGUGAUCAGAUCACAGCUGGUAGCGAGCGCCUCCCAUAAUGCACCGGGUGGAGCAGCGAGGGACAUGUGUACUUAUCUCACAUUAUACGAUCUCAUCAUAGCGAGGGCACCACUUCCAUAACAAUGGCGCUUCUUAAUACCAGGUGUGGAUGCCGAGGACCUUUUUGGUCCCCGGUAGCGCAGCGCGGUGGAGAUUUGUUUCUUAAUAGCAGCUGUAAAUGGGAUUCUUGGAUUUGGCCCGUGGGGAAAAGAAAUAAGACGAAGAGAACUGAGAGAACACGUCGCGCCAAAGGGCACACAGUCGUUACCGAGACCACGUGAGCAGGGUGUGAAUUGGUUGUUCCACUAUUAGAGAUGUUAUUUUGUGCAGUUUUGUCUGCGUGAAUGAAAAAGUGUGUGUGUGUGUGGCCGCGAGCAGAAAACCGCAUUCAUUCGUUGUACUCUGUAGGUGCUGCUUUGUCUUCUCUCACAAUAACGCUCGCAGCUCUCCAGCACAAAAGUCAGAUUGCAGAGAAACUGUUUUACAUCGAUUUCCUUUUUCAUGACUAACUGUCAGAUUUUUUGUUUUUUUCCCCCGUAGAUUUAAACGGCCUGAAAGUGAUUUUUUUUUGUACUGGUUUUUCAGAAUUAUCCACUAGAACGCGACAUUGAUUUCCCCGACUCUUGUUUCAUAGGAAGAGUCUGUUAUCUGAGGAACAAUUUGGGUGCGCUGCUCUCCUCCCACAGCCCGACUUUUGGCACUUAUUUUCAGUUUGAUUUGCUUUAUUGUCAUGAGACACUCCACCUCAUGUGAGGGCAGAAUUUGUGCAGCAGUGCAAACAAGUUUAUAUGUACAUAGCAGCUUGAGCGGAAAGACUGAAGCAAUUGCUUUCUUUAAGUUAUGCUCUUUAUUUUUCAACAGAAAUUUAAUGGUGUUCCAUUUUUUGAAAUAUGCAAAUGUAUAAAUAUCAAUAUGGGAGUUUUCAUGUUUUUUGGUUCCUCGAAUGAAAUGUUUUAAUCUGUUUGUAUUUUGCGGCUGUGACGGAACGUCAACCUUAUUUUUUUUGUUGUUUUAAUAUUCGUCAAAUGCUUGUAUUUAUCAAAACCGUUUGCUACACAACAUUUUGCAGUUAUAAAUAAUUUGCAAUACAAA